CAUGACACCAAUGUGCUUUUCCUGCAGUUCCUCCUGGGCGUCUGGGCCAAGGAGCUGAACGCCCGAGAGGACUACGUGAAGCGAGGGGUGCAGGGCAAGCUCAACAGUGCCACGCAGAAGCAGACAGAGUCCUACCUGAGGCCUCUCUUCAGGAAGCUCCGCAAAAGGACACUUCCUGCAGACAUCAAAGAAUCCAUAACAGACAUUAUCAAGUUCAUGUUGCAGAGAGAAUACGUGAAGGCCAACGAUGCCUACCUGCAGAUGGCCAUCGGGAACGCGCCCUGGCCCAUCGGGGUCACCAUGGUUGGCAUCCACGCGCGCACGGGCCGCGAGAAGAUCUUCUCCAAGCACGUGGCACACGUGCUCAACGACGAGACUCAGAGGAAAUACAUACAGGGGCUGAAGAGGCUCAUGACCAUUUGCCAGAAGCACUUCCCAACGGACCCAUCCAAGUGUGUGGAGUACAAUGCUUUGUGA